AUGAAAGCAACACCCUUCAUGAUCUUUGAAAUGAACAAUCAACGAGCCCGGUCACUAGAUGACACUAAAAGCGAUCACACGCACAUCUUUGUCUACAGGCUCCAUCCUGAGUACCAGCGAUUCGACAGCCGCCAUCACGAGACAGCCCUUCUGAAAGAUCGCCUCCACAGCGUCCUGCACGAGACUCUCUCGAAAAGGUCAAAUGACGUCUACAAGAUCUACCCCGGCAAGACCUACCUCGACAUGGACUGCGUGCCCUACCUGGCUGCCCUCGAGACAAGGGUGACUAGAGCCAGAUACCUGUGCAACUGCUCCGUCUUCGUGCCCGUCAUCACCUGGGGUCAGGAACACAGCGUGCUGGAGGAGCUCGCAGCGAUCGACGAGGCGCACGACCGUGAGAGUGACUUCCUCGUGCACGCGCUGGCAGCGCUCUACCUGCUCAACAAGGACGCCGGGAGACUCAAGGCCGUGCUACCCAUCCUGCGGGACGAGUCCGAGGGACGCACCUCCCUCUCCAGCGCGUGCGGGAGCCUCAGCAGGAAGCCGUCGGUACGCAGCUGCGCGCGGGCGAGCGAGCUGAUACAAGCAGGAGGCGUCCGGAGGGACAGAGAGGCGAUACUCGAGUACCUGCUGGGAGUCUCGGUGCAGGAGGCGGUGGCGAUGCUGCUGCCUGCGGGGAGGAGGGCAGAGGUCGGGCUGGGGGAGGAGACAAGGAGAGGGAAGGGGAGCAAGGGAGUGGCUGGCAUGUACGUAGACUCAACCGGAGAUGUCGAGAGAAGCGCGAGGGAGGCGGGGGAGCUGAUAGCACACUGUCUGGUGAGGGUGGUGAAGGAGCACAUCGACCGAAAGCUGUGGGAGUUCUCGAAACACAACCCUCGGGGGAUCGAGGUGCUGCAGGUACUGCAGGAGACGGGGAUGUAUGACAAGUUCAACGAGUACUUCGCGCUGCGGGGCAUCGAGACCCUGGACAAACUUCCUCUGUUCACGAGAGCACUGUCGCAGGCUCAAAGUUGCAUUCAGAUAGUGGAAUCUUGCCUUGACAUCACAGCAUACAAUGCUUCAGACGAGAGCUCGAUCCGGACGCUCGAGAAGCUGGUGGAGGACUACAAGAAGGACGAGCGCUUCCUCCCUCUCAACGACAGGCUCAGGCAGUACCGAGACGCUGACGUCAACGGGGUCCUCGCCCUCCGCACCACCAACUCCCUCGAGACGGCCCUGGUGAAGCUGCCGGCGAGAAGCUGCAUCGUCUUCCUCAGCCUGGUGUACCUUGUGUUCGGGAUCAAGCAGCUGGGCCCGAUCAUGUCCGACCAGGUCUGGCUGCCGGACAAGAGCUCGGGCACGCCCGUCAAGCCCAAGACUGUGAGGAUAUCGGUCAUGGCAGAUCCGAUCAUCAGCUUUGCGUGGAGCUUGUUGUUCUUGAGCGGGGUGCUGCUGGGGCUGCUGAGCACACCGUUACGAGCCAAGUGGCUGCUGCUGUCAACGGGGCAUCUGGUGCUGACGGCCAACGUGGCCUGCAUGGUAGCCGACUUUGUGCAGUGCUCGACUCAGGGGACGGGGAUAGGACCAUUCUGCAACUCGAGUCAAAAGAUUAUUUCUUCUUCAUUGCUUAUGAUCAUGAUGUACCUGGCGCAUUUCGUGCAGCACUACUUCUGGAUGGCUGCCUUUCUUGUCCAGGGUGCAUUCUGCCUGUUUGUUGGGAUCAUAUCAACAGACCUUGAAAGCUUCGGCUUCUUGUGCCUCGGGGUAGGUUGCUGGCUGGUGGAGCUGGCGAUCGUGGUGGAGUAUCACCGGGCGUACGCCAGGACCUUCAGGGACCUCAAGGCAGCCAUGCGAGGCUUCGAGGACACUUGGACCAGCGUCGUCGAGGAGAGCUCGCACGUAGUGCAGGAGAUCAGCGCGCGAGUCCGGGCGAUCGCUCAAGAGCUGGAGGAGGUGAUCGGCGAUGACACCCGGACGUGGCGUCGGUACUUGUGGGUGACGCUCGGCCUGCGGGGCCGGCGAUACUCGAGGAGGAACGGGAAGAUCCGGCAGGCGAGCCGAGACUUCGAGCAGCUCUUCCUCCAGGCGCAGGAGGUCAGCGCCGCCUUCCAGCUGUGGGUGUCCGGGUGGAACCGGGUGGGGCGGGUGGAGCAUGGUAACGUCAAGUCUUGCGCGCGAGCGAUGCAGAAGACGGUGAGGUCGUACAGGCGCGACCCCUCGUGCCUGACCGACCUGGUGCGAUGUACUGUCGUGGUGUCGUCGAUCGACGACGUGCUGUCGUGGUUGAGCUUCUUGCGGGGUCAGUCGGUGGUGGGGCACGGGGUGAGCGCGUGGGACCAGCCUGGAGGAGGGAGGGUGAUGUCGGAGGACGUGGAGACGGGCGGGGGAGAGGAAGGCGGGGAGAUCUACAUGAGCAUCACCAACAUCAAGAACCGGUACGACCCGUCUGGCGGCACGAGCUUGAGCGGGGGCUACCGGGACCUGUGCGUGUGCGUGGAGGUGCUGCUGGAGGAGAUGCAUGGGAUCAAGAAGCAUCUGCACAGGGAGUACGUGAACUUCCGCAACACUCUAUGCCAGUAG